GGAGCGGAACAUCUGGAUUGCCAGGCUGCAGUGCCCGAGCGCCUGAUAAACUUUUACGAUCGACUUCUUCCAGUUCUUGCGGGUCGGUGCGGGGGGGUUUUCUGAAAUAGUCAGGUAUUACAAGUGAAACUGUUUCUCGGAAAUAAAAAAAGUUCUUCCUCACCACAAUAGUUCGCCUAAAUUGCAGUGCUUCUUAAAAUGGAUCAAUCUGUCGCUAUUCAAGAAACCCUGACCGAAGAGGAAAGCUGCAUCAUAGCUGUCCAAUGCCUUCUCAUUAUGGACAGCAUCACAGAAAGCAGACUUCUGGGUUUGGUGGAACGUGGACAAGAACAUGCGUUAUUUUUAUUCACUCACAGAAGAAUGGCAAUAACUGGUAAUGAUAUUACAUUGGACAAAGUAGUGCCUAUUACUGAAGAUUUUGUCAUUGAAGAAGUGACUUCUCCGGAUGAACUGGCCAUAGUUGGCUCAGACACCACAGUAAGGGUUACACUACCAGGACUGGAGCUGAGGCUGAGGCUGCUCUUUGGCUCCCAUUCUCGAUUGUUUUUAUACGAAGUGGACAAGGCCUGCCAAGUUUGUAAGCAGUCAUCCACAGAGACUCCUAAAUCCCAGUUUGUGUGGCUGUCAAAAUACUGCAGAUCAUCUAAGACUGACAAUCCUCCCGGAAAGGAACAGGCUAUCCAGACCUCAGCACAAAAAGGAAUUAAUUUCUCUAAAAUUGGACCAGUGAAGAAAUCAGGGAAAUCCGUGGUGGAUGGUAAAACACUGGGCACUGAAGAAUUAAAGGUCAUUAACCGAAAUGAACAGACUGGGCUGGAGCACAAUGUUGACAGGCCUGCUAAAGUGAAAGGAGAGGCAAGACACGAUAUGGUGCGCUCUUCCAGUCACACGCUGUCCAACAAGGCACAGAUGCUGGCCAUGCCACGGUUCGGACUGCGCGACAACCUCAUUAAAUGCGAGCUCCUGAAAAAUGAGGAGCAGUACACCUACAUCAAAAACUUCAGUUUUUUUAUAGGCACGUACAAUGUUAAUGGCCAGUCACCUAAGGAAACCCUGAGACCCUGGCUAAGCUGUACACCUAACGCUCCGGACAUCUACUGUGUGGGCUUUCAGGAGCUGGACCUCAGUAAAGAAGCGUUUUUCUUUAAUGACACGCCGAAGGAGCAAGAGUGGACAAAAGCUGUGAGUGAUGGGCUCCAUCCUGAUGCCAAGUACGCCCUGAUUAAGCUAGCCCGGUUAGUGGGGAUAAUGCUGUUAUUUUAUGUGAAGAAGGAGCACGCAGAGUACAUCUCAGAAGUUGAUGCUGAAACUGUGGGGACAGGCAUUAUGGGACGAAUGGGUAACAAGGGAGGAGUGGCAGUCAGGUUCAAGUUCCACAACUCCGACAUCUGUGUGGUGAACUCCCACCUUGCCGCCCACGUUGAGGAGUACGAGAGGCGCAACCAGGACUUCAGGGAGAUCUGCUCGCGCCUGCUCUUUCGCCAGCUGGACGCCUCGCUGCCUCCCCUCACCAUCGUCAAGCACGGGAUCGUUUUGUGGCUUGGUGAUUUGAAUUACCGCAUAUGUGAGUUGGAGGUCGACCAAGUGAAAGACUUAAUUGAGAAAAAAGAUUUUAAGGCUCUUCACAGUUAUGACCAGCUGAAGAGACAGAUAGAUGAGAAUGCUGUGUUCCAUGGUUUCAAGGAAGGAGAAAUUGCGUUCCAGCCAACUUACAAAUACGACACUGGAUCAGAUCAAUGGGAUACCAGUGAGAAGUGCCGAGUGCCGGCCUGGUGUGAUCGGGUUCUGUGGAAAGGCAAGAACAUCAAACAGCUGGAGUAUCGCAGUCACAUGGCUCUGAAAACCAGCGAUCACAAACCUGUCAGCUCCCUGUUUGAAAUUGGGAUAAAGGUAGUGAAUGAAGAAGUGUACAAAAAGACAUUUGAAGAAAUUGUGAGGGCUAUAGAUAAGAUGGAAAAUGAAUGCAUUCCUUCAGUAACACUAUCACAGCGAGAGUUCGUCUUCAAGGAUGUGAAGUUCAUGGAACACCGUGCUGAGACAUUGACCAUUCACAAUGAUGGGCAAGUUCCUUGUCAGUUUGAGUUCAUUCAGAAAUUGGAUGAACCUGCCUACUGUAAACCAUGGCUCAGUGCGAACCCCUGUAAGGGCUUUCUAGCACAAGGUGGUGAAGUGCACAUUGACCUUGAAGUCUUUGUAAACCGUUCAACAGCCACCGAGCUGAACUCGAGAGAGAAAACUCUGGAGGACAUUCUAGUCCUUCACCUUCAGAGGGGCAAAGACUAUUUCAUUUCCAUCACCGGCAACUAUCUGCCAAGUUGCUUUGGGUCCUCCUUACAGCUGCUGUGUCACCUGAGAGAGCCCAUACAGGACAUGCCUCUGGAAACAAUACGAGAGUUGACCCUGAUGCCCCAGGACUCCACAGAAAUGAAUAGUGUGAUUGCUGAACCUCCCCUUGAAAUUCCAAAAGAAAUUUGGAUGAUGGUAGACCACUUGUACCGCAGUGCUGCCAAGCAGGAGGAUCUCUUUCAGCAGCCAGGACUGAGGUCUGAGUUCGAGGAGAUUCGCGAUUGCUUGGACACUGGGAUGCCUGAUUCUUUACCGGGCAGUGCCCACUCAGUGGCUGAAGCUCUGCUCCUCUUCCUGGAUGCCCUUCCGGAGCCUGUCAUCUGCUACUCCUUCUACCAGGAGUGUUUGGACAGCUGUACUAACGUUUUAAUGUGCAAAAAGGUCAUCACUAAGCUACCUCCAUGCCACAACAAUGUGUUCAACUAUUUAAUGGCAUUUCUGCGAGAGUUACUGAAGAAUACUGUGUACAAUCACUUGGAUAUCAAUACACUCGCAUCUAUUUUUGGUGCCUUGCUGCUGAGGUCACAAUCGAAGCAAGACAUCACCGAGAAGAAGAAAGCCCAGGAGUUCAUUGCACAUUUUCUCAUUUAAGGAAUCCUUUCCCGAUUCCCUCAACAUAGCAGCAGAGAUGUGUAUCUUGUAGUGCUCUGUACAGUAUCUGAUUUAUUUUUUUAUAAAGCAAAAUUCAGAAAUGCACAGAAGUCAUAUGUAUAGUCCUUUUUUCAUACCCGAUGUUUCCCAGCCGAGCUGGGUUUUACAACGAGCUGUUUGUGUAUUGCUUUAAACAGCGUUUAAAAAACUGACAUUUUUUAUGUUUUUUGUAGUAAUUAUUUAAAGGGUAAUUAAAAGAUGUUUUAUUAUUCUGUUGUGAUUUGUAAAAAAAAAUGUUUUGUAUAAAGAGUGAGUGUUUUAUUAUAAUAUUGGGAUUUAGCAGUUUCUCUUAAGAUUUUAGAGUCAUUUUCUAAAUAAACUCUGCCCACAGGAUUCUAUGCAAUUGGGAGAUUAUGCAGAGGUACCUAUGUGCUACCACUGACAUGAACCCUUGUUUUUGGCUCUAGAAGUAGCCUGAAGCUGUGCAUGAAAAUAUCAUGUUCUACAGCCAGACAGUAAUUAUAUGCUGUUUGUGUUAAUCCCAUAAUGCAAUCAGCCAUUCUGUUUGAGGGAGAUAUCUAAAGAACAGUUUGCUUACACAAAUCCUGAAUGGUUAUUAUAUUGUCUCAUCAGUUAUCAUUCUAUUCAUGCCAACAAGUGUCAGAUGCUCCUAAGGUUGAAGCAGUGUUUAUUUUAACGGGCUCACUUGCCCCUUUUUUAACCCUCAAAUGAAUUUUAAAUGUGACCAGAAAAUUGUAUCUUCAGUACAUGAACAUUAAAGAUGGGGAACAAAUGCUAGGAUAUUAGGGUUUAGCUCAUUUCAAGCUGAUAGAAAUGAAAUGUGUUAAUAAACAUUUGUGAAACCUAAA